AUGUGUGUUAUUGAAGGCGACACUGAUGCCGAUCAGCCGAUGGGUGAUUCAAAUAAAACACCAACUGAGGAGGAAAUCGAUCAAGCUAGCGAUUUGCGUUCACAAGCCGCUGCUGCUUAUUCGGAGCAGAAAUUCGAAGAGGCUAUCGAUUUGUACACUUCAGCCAUCGAGCUAAAUCCAGGCAAUGCUUUAUUCCAUGCCAAACGCGGACAGGCAUUCCUCAAACUGAAGAAACCCAAUGCAUGUAUUCGUGAUUGUGACAAAGCUUUGGAAUUGAAUUGUGAUUCUGCGGCGGCCUACAAGUUCCGUGGGCGUGCACACCGUUUGUUGGGAAAUUGGGAGAAAGCUGCAAAGGAUUUGCGACAAGCUUGCAAGCUGGACUUUGAUGAGGAAGCUGACGAAUGGCUACGUGAGGUAACACCCAAUGCUAAGAAAAUCGAACAACAUCACAUUAAACAGGAACGCAAGCGUGCUGAACGUGAAAGCAAGAAAGCACAGCGUCGAGCACGUGCACAUGCCAAGGAACGUCAGCAGCAGCAGCAGCAGCAACAACAGCAACAACAACACCAGGGCCCACCAAAGGGCUUCAAUCCGGAAUUUUUGUCUGCCCUUAACGAUAAGGACCUCCAGGAGAUAUUGGGUGACAUUGCCAAUAACCCAGCAAAUAUCGAGAAGCAUAAGAACAAUCCGAAAUUCGCCAAACUUCAGAGCAUGGCCAAGCAAUUGGGCAUGGAUAACGUAUUUAACAUGUUUGGCGGCUUGGGAGGUUCGGCUGGUGGUUUUGGCGCCGGUGCUGGAGCUGGUGCAGGUGCAGGUGCUGGAACAGGUGCAGCGCCAACUGCAGAUGCUCCGAAGCCGGAGCCCAAAAAGCGUGAAUUCGUUGAUGAUGGCUUAGAUUAA